ACAUGCACAGGGCAGAGCCUCAGGCUCCUGGCCCUGCAUUCUGGGGCUGGCUCUGGGUGCAGUGGGAGCCAGGGUUUGAGCGGGGCUCACAGAGCACACUGCUCCCCUCGGGUAUGAGCAGGGUUUGUGCACCUUGGUUACUCCUACACUGCCGCUGAGCCGCACGGGAGAGGGUGGGUGGUGUGCUGCACAACCCUACGGAGCCAUCGAGGAACUGCUGUAUCUCUUAGUGCAAAGGCCCCAGCACUGCCUGCCCUCAGGACCUGUCCCAGGCUCUUACCUGCAGCUGUGUGACAGCGGUGAGGCCAUUACCUCUGUCGUGUGGCACACGGUCCGCCUUUGGAGGUGAAUAUUACCUACAGCUGGUGCACAGCACCUCCCAACUCUCCUGGUGCUGGCUGCCUGUGGGCUGGGAAUGAAAAGACAUGAGAUGAAGGAGCCAUCAACCCCAGCAGCCUCUGCCCCCAUGUGGGGAGGAUGUGGCAGCCUGUGCCCUGCUCAGAGUCUGGGUAGCUUUGGGAUGGAAGCCUGCCUUGCUCUGCCCUGUGGGCUACCCCAUCCCACCAGAACCCACCUCCUGCUCUGUGCGGGAGAGCGUCUGCACCCUGGCAGCAGCUCCCCUCCGCCUCCCCUGCCCUGUGGUGGGCCAAGGCAGGAUGCUAUAUUUGGUCUGGCAGAAGGGUGCCGGUGAAACCUGACGCUGCCUUGCUGUGCAAGGCCGACAGCCGGAGCCAAUGGGGCCGGCUUGUAUUGGCCACCGCCAUGCUGUGAUGAGAGGGGCCAAGACAGGCAGUGGCCUUGCCACUGCCGGCAGCAGCUCACAGGAGACCGCACACAGAUCCAUGAGCCCUCCGUCGCUGCUGGAAGAGGAGGAGAACCUUCCAGCCCACUGGCCAGCAAAGCUGCAGCGAAGCCAGAGAGAGGGUGGUUUUAACAGAGUGCGGAGGAAGAGGGUUGUUUCACUCCCCUGGCAGAGCGGCAGCAUGAAGCAGGCGACCCUCGCCGAGGAGCACAGCUUCAGCGAGGUGAUGGCCGCUGGCCAGCACCAUCUCACACCCAGCAGCUGCGGGAAGAAACGCCGCUGGCUUCAGCGCCUGGUCCCGGACAACUUCUGGGAGGAUGCAAAGAAGCUGCUGGUGCUGGCGGGGCCGCUGAUCCUGAUCCAGCUGCUGAUCUUCCUGAUACACCUCGUCAGCUCCAUAUUCUGCGGCCACCUGGGCAAGGUCGAGCUGGCCGCCGUCACGCUGGCCAUCGCUGUUAUAAAUGUUACUGCCAUCUCUGUAGGUUAUGGUUUGUCUUCGGCAUGUGACACCUUGAUAUCACAGGUGGGUAAGAGGUGCUGGCUCUUGUCCUGGAGGCACAGGGCUUUCCAGCAUCGGCUGAUGCUGCCCAGGCACUGCGUUGCGCCCUGGCUGCACCUGCGACCUGGGAAGCUUCUCCCCCAUAACAGGGAGCUCCAUGGUCACAUGAAAAUACCAAAUCCUUCCCAGGUGGUGCCUGGGGUGGUCAGGGCUGCUCUGUGGGGUCCCUGUCCCCCCCCAGCACCAGCGUGCUGCCAGAGCAGCAGAGCUCCCUGUCCUCUUGCCUUGCAGACCUAUGGCAGCAAGAAUCUGCUGCGCGUGGGAGUGAUCCUGCAGCGUGCCAUCCUCAUCCUCCUGCUCUGCUGCUUCCCCUGCUGUGCCAUCCUCAUCAACAUCGAGCAGCUCCUGCUCCUCAUCCGCCAGGACCCUGAGGUCUCCAGGCUGACCCAGCGCUAUGUGAUGGCGUUUGUCCCUGCUCUCCCGGCAGUUUUUUUGUAUAACCUGGAGGCAAGAUACCUGCAGAACCAGAUGAUCAUGUGGCCGCUGGUGCUGAGUGGGUUCGUCGGCAACGUCAUCAAUGUGAUCGCAAACUACAUCUUCCUCUACGUGCUCCACUUGGGCAUCACGGGCUCUGCCUGGGCCAACACCGUUGCUCAGUAUUCACAAACCAUUUUCUUGUUCCUGUAUAUUAUAGGCAAGAAACUCCACGUGAAGACCUGGGGAGGCUGGUCCAGCGAGUGCCUGCUGGAGUGGGACAGCUUCACCUCCCUGGCUCUCCCCAGCAUGCUCAUGAUGUGCAUCGAAUGGUGGACCUACGAAAUUGGGAGCUUCUUGAUAGGCCUGCUGAGCGUCGUGGAGCUCUCUGCCCAGUCCAUCAUCUACGAGGUGUCCGUUGUCGCUUUCAUGAUCCCCUUGGGGCUCGGCACGGCCGCCAGUGUGCAGGUGGGGAACGCGCUGGGCGCCGGCGAUGUCGAGACGGCCAAGAGAUCCUCCUCCACCAGCCUGCUCUGCACAGGGGGGUUCUGCGUAGCCGUGGGGGCCAUUUUGGCUGCCACAAAGGACGUGCUCGGAUACAUCUUCACCAGCGACAGGGAAAUCGUUGACUUGGUGGCUUGGGUGAUGCCUGUCUACGUCGUCUUCCAUUUGUUUGAAGCCAUGUGUGGUGCCUGCAGCGGGGUGCUCAGAGGCAUAGGCAAGCAGAAAUUCGGCGCCAUCCUCAACGCUGUGAGCUACUAUGGUGUGGGCCUGCCCCUGGGAGCCGUGCUGCUCUUCGUGGCCAGGAUCGGCGUCAUAGGCCUGUGGCUCAGCAUGCUCGUCUGCGUCGCCAUCCUCUGCACCUGCUUCAUCGCCUACAUCGCCCGCACGGACUGGAAGAAGGCGGCUGAGGAGGCUCAGCACCGUGCAGGAGUGACCCAGCCGCUGCCAGAGGAGCCAAACGUGGGCCCCGAACCCUCCUGCAAGGCACUUCCCUCUGGUGUGGGACCAGCCCCACCACCCCACGCUUACCCCCCAGCCGUGGCGGUGCGGGCAUGUGUAGCAGGAGUAGAGGCGCAGAACGGCGUUGUGCUCAUGGGCAUCACCAGGAUGGAGGGAGCGACGUACCAGCUGGAGCCCCGGGAAGCCACGCCUGCCACGUCGCCUCCGGCCACCGCCACGGUCACCAAGGAGCUGAUCAUCCGGCGUGUGCUGGCGGCGGCUGCAGCCAUCGCGGUGCUUGCGCUCGGCAUCGUCAUAAAGCUGAUGACCACCAAACACUGACCUGCACCAGGGACUCUGGGGACUUUGCUCUGGGGGUGAAAGCCCCUCCUGACGGACGGAUGUACAAAGCACAUACCAGCCGGCGAGAAAAUCCAGGACAUGCCUGUCCCAUGGGAGGCAAAGCGCCACCAUCAGCAUUUGGCAGCAUCUGCUCAGGCAUCGCUUGGGAAGGGGCCCUGUGGCUGCUCCAACACCAGAAAUGCUGCUCUGGGCUGCCCAAUGCACACCGAGCGUGUGGGUAACCCCCUCCAGCCCGCACUGCCGGCUGUUACCCGCUGACCGGAGCCGAGCACAGCCCGGCUCACACUGCUGCUCCGUGCCAAAUGCCAAAUAAAGAAUAAAUCCAGCUGGACUGGGGCUGGCUCCUUUGGGUGGAGGCUGAGGGCAGAGCUCAGGCUGGAGCAGGGGAACAUCUGAUGCUGAGGGCUGCAGCCUGUGCGGGACCCCGGGCACGUGGGUCUCACCCUGCCCCAGGUGGCCGUCACAGCAAACAAAGGUUUCAUUCAGCAAGGCUCAAGGUCAGCUUUCCGUUACAAGUUUGGAGGUAAAAGCCUACCAGUAAAGUAUUGAAAUUAAAAUACAGAUGAGAUGGUUGGCUGCUCAGCCACUCUGGCCAAGGAUUCCCCCAGACCUGGGACUCCGGUCACAGCCAUGCCCCUGUUGUUGCCCAAAUGCAGCGCACCAGCAGUGCAACGGUCCCUGACCUUCCUCGAGUCCUUGGGGCAGAGCGCGGCCUCAGCUCAAAAAGCCUUUGCUGUCACCUUACGUAGCCUUUGCACACCUAAAGGCACUUUCCCCUGCCACGAGACAUCACACGUUUGGUCGCAGGUCCUGUCAAGGAUGGGAUGCUGCAGGUUCUUAGAGGCUCUUUCCCUCUGCUCUGGGCAGGCUGCUGGGGACAACCAGCCUGGACUGUCCCCGUCAGUAAGACUCACAUUUUGUUAGGCUUAUUGCUGGUAUGAGACAGCUUUCUGAGGGGAUCAUGCAAGACGUUACGUAGAUAGGCUCAGUAACAACUGGCUUUGCUUUGAUACCCUCGUGACAAACUAUUCCCCCAUUCCCAAGAGCUUCAGAUGGGCUCCCGUUCGCAAAGCAGUGCAGAUGCUGCCUCACUGCACCUGCUGCCACUCUGCUGAGGCACGACCAACGGUGUAGGUCUGAAUCGAUUCCUGUGUCUCAGCCAGAGCCUCCAGCUUGGAGAUUUUCUGCUUUAGGUGCAUUUCAUUUGCUUCUACCUCUUCAGUGCAUUGGCUGCCUUGGAAGAAAAGAAAUUGCAGCAAAAAAUCUGUACAGCACUGGGACUGCAGGGAGUGAAUGGUGGGUUACGGGUCUGGUGUGCUGCUGACGGCUGAUCACACCUCUGGGCUGGGGGACACCACCUGGAGAGGCACAGAAACAAGGCUGAGCCCCACAGGGAGGGAGCAGAGCCCAAGGCAAUGGGGCGAUGGAGGCUGAGACCAGGUGGGGCUCAGGGGACAGAGCUGGGAACACGCACUCACGCGGACAGCAGAGCCAAAGCUCACCUUCACCACCACAAUCCACAACUGCUUCAAGACGAAGAACUUGGCCAAAUUCACCUUCUUCUGGCUGCCAGGUGGGUACCGGAGUUUGUUCGCAACCUCCAUCUUCAUGUCCUUGAUCAAGCAGGUGUGGCGGUGGGAGGUGGUCUCGAAGCUGUGCUUGCCGUGGCAGGCGCCCAUCCUGCCGUCACCCGAGACACAACGCAGGCAGGUCACACCAUGCACGCUGACAGCUGCAUUGCUUACAUUCUGUUUGGCAGCCCCC